UGGCAAGGAUGCAGUAACAGACAGCACAUUGCUGAACUAUGUACUCUGCAAAUUAAUGUUCAGUUAUGCUUAUUUGCAACAGACAGCGUCAAACUUUGAUCCAAAAUCAUCUCAAAUAGCAAAUUUUUUUAUUUUUUAUUUUUUAUUUAUAAAAAAUGCCCAAAAGCACCGAAGAUGCGUUGAAGGUCUUCCAAUUUCUAGACUUAAAAUCCACUGUUCUGUCAACCCGAAAUAGUUGCCACUACUCAAGCCUAUAUAUACUCUCAUUACAACCACGCGUCCAAUACAAACACACAAGUACCAUCUUAUAACUAGGUAUUUAUUUUCUCAUAUGCUCUUCUUAAACUUCUCUUUGGUAGUGUGUUCACAUACAUAUCUACUUAUUGUUAUUAUUAUUGUCACCACAUACAAUAAUGGGUUCCAUUAGUAACACCGAGGUUCAUAAUCAUCACAAUGAUGAUGACGACGAUGAUCAUCGUCAUCGGGUGAAUUUCUCGAUCCAGAGAGGAUUUGGGACAAAAUUGAAGGAGGCAUUGAAGGAAACAUUGUUUCCGGAUGAUCCCUUCAGGCAGUUCAAGAACGAGGAGAAGCCAAUGGGGAGGGUGAUGAAAGGGGUGCAAUACUUCAUCCCAAUCUUUGAGUGGCUCCCCACUUACAAUUUUCGCCUCUUUUGCUCUGACUUGAUCGCUGGACUAACCAUCUCAAGCCUUGCCAUCCCUCAAGGCAUUAGCUAUGCCAAACUUGCUGACCUUCCUCCCCUCAUUGGCCUUUAUUCCAGCUUUGUCCCACCUUUGAUCUAUGCUGUUUUUGGGAGUUCAAGGCACAUGGCAGUGGGGACGAUAGCAGCAGCAUCGUUGCUUAUUGCUCAAACCAUACAAACCGUGGUAGAUCCAGUAGAAGAUCCAACGUUGUAUCUUCAUUUGAUUUUCACUACCACCUUUAUCACCGGUGUUUUCCAGGCUUGUUUGGGUUUUUUUAGGCUGGGAAUAUUGGUGGACUUCUUUUCCCAUUCUACCAUUAAUGGCUUCAUGGGAGGGACAGCAGUAAUUCUCAUCCUCCAACAACUAAAGGGUGUAUUUGGCAUGAAACAUUUUUCAACCAAAACGAACUUGGUGGCAGUGGUGAAGAGCAUAGUCAACAAUAGACAAGAGAUUAGGUGGGAACCUACCAUUCUUGGCGUGAUCUUUGUUGCUUUCUUGCAAUUUACCAGGCACCUGAGGAAUAAGAAUCCAAAACUCUUUUGGGUACCGGCUAUAGCUCCAAUGGUGACUGUAGUAGUUGCUGCCGUUUUCACCUACGUCGUCAAGGGCCAACAUCAUGGAAUUCAAAUUGUGGGCCAUCUAGAUAAAGGACUAAAUCCCUUGUCCAUUCACUAUUUGAACUUUAAUGGUAAAUAUUUACGAGCAGUUGUGCAAGCUGGUCUUGUCACAGGCGUGUUGUCAUUAGCGGAAGGAAUAGCAAUAGGAAGAAGCUUUGCUGUUGCUGACAAUACACCCCAUGAUGGGAACAAAGAAAUGAUCGCUUUCGGCCUUAUGAACUUGUUCGGUUCAUUUACUUCAUGUUACUUGACUAGUGGACCAUUUUCCAAGACCGCAGUGAAUUACAAUGCAGGGUGUAAGACUGCUAUGGCAAACGUGGUACAGGCAAUAGUAAUGGCACUCACACUACAAUUUUUGGCGCCACUAUUUGGCUUCACCCCUCUUGUUGCUCUCUCAGCUAUUAUUAUUUCUGCCAUGCUUGGGCUCAUUCAUUACGAAGAAGUCAUCCAUCUCUACAAAGUUGACAAGUUUGACUUUGUUAUUUGCAUGGCUGCCUUCCUUGGAGUCAUCUUUAUAAGCAUGGACGUUGGUCUCAUGCUGUCUGUUGGUCUCGGCGUUCUUAGAGCACUUUUAUAUGUGGCUAGACCUGCGCCAUGCAAGCUUGGAAAGUUACCUGAAAUUGGUUUAUAUAGAGACACGGAGCAAUAUAAUGUAUCAACAUACCCAGGAGUUCUUGUUGUACAACUUGGUUCUCCCGUUUACUUUGCAAAUUCUAUAUACGUCAAAGAAAGGAUUAUGAGGUAUAUUCGAAGUGAGGAAAGCUCUACUGGAGAUGUAGUUGAGCACAUCAUACUUGAUUUGUCAGGAGUGACAGCCAUUGACACAACUGCUAUUAAAGGAUUGGACGAGUUAAUUAAAAUAUUGGGAAAGAAUGGAGUUAAGGUUUUGUUCGUAAACCCAAGGCUGGAGGUGAUGGAGAAGCUUAUAAUAUCCAAGUUUGUUGAGAAAAUUGGGAAGGAGUCGUUUUAUCUAAUAUUGGAUGAUGCAGUGAUGGCAAGUCAAUAUACACUUCGUUCAUCAAAGGCUGCAAAUAAUGCUCAAGAGGUGGUUUAAGAAGAAAUUCAUGCCUAAGUAGUUAAUUAAUUAGCCUUUCGGUUGCCCAAAUCAAUGUUGUAUUAUAGAAUAGUAUUAUUAUACAACUAUAUAUUUGUGGAAUUGAGAAAAUAUUCGCUAAUAAAUUAAUGACUUUUCCCAUUUUUUGAA